GUGGAAAACAACAGUCUCAAGUGGAGCGUAUCCUGAAGUUCUUGGCAAAGACAAAUCCCAGUUCCAACCCACCCCCACUCCCUCCUUUCUAGAAUUCAGGAGUUGUUCACUGUCAACCCAGUUUGGAGAAUCUGCACAGUUCUCAAAGAAUAUGGGUUUUGCCACAAGAAGAUGGUUCUACCUAACAUUAGGCUGCAUGAUGUUGGCCAGUCAGAUUAAUGCUGAUUUUGAACUUCAAAAGGCAGUGCUUGCCAGUGUCAGCCCUGGGAUCUCAGAGCACAUUGAUCUUGACUGCUGGAAUAUUUGCUCUUUGAAAAUAAUAGAUUUCAAAAAACUGAAGAUAAAACAUAAUAUUGAUACCUUCUGGGAUCUCAUGUUGUUUUUGCAAAAAUCCCAGCGGCCUAUACUUUAUGAUGUCUUCUUAAACAUAGUUGAGGAUUUCUGGAACAUGUAUAUAGAAUGUUUGCUUUCAAAAUUUCAUGGAAUGGGCAAAAGAGAAGUGAUGCCUCGCAAGUAUAAUUCUCUACAAAAGAUAGUAUUAUUAUCUUAAAAGUAAUAAUCUUGAUGUAGCGCGCCAUGUGGCUUCUGAAAUAUGCAUUUCAUCACUAAGUCUU